UGACUGCUGUGUCUUUGCAAAAAGGGAUAGGGGGAAGAGAGAGAGAGAGAGAAAAGGAGAGGGAGUACGUGAGUCGUCCAGUGCAAUCUCUAUUGUUUGAAACUUACUUUUUAUCAGAAUUUGAAGAUGAAAACGGUUAAAAAAUGGCCAUACUUUAGUUGCUAAUCAGCCUAAUGCUUUCCUUAUGAAAAUUUUACCAUCAUUCUUUUUUCAUUUCAAACUGAGAAAAUGAAUCCAGUUAUAGAAGAAAGUAUGGGAUGCUGGAAAAAAGUAUCCAUUAUACAGUGGAACAUCUAAUAACUAAUUUGCAAGAAGUUUUAAAGAAAUAAAGUUGUUAUGCUGCGAUUUUGGUAUGAUAUUGACUCUCUAGCACAUAGGUAGCCCUCUAAAAAUCAUCCAGUCCUCUAAAUUAUGGAAAUUUUGUGGAAGACGUUGACCUGGAUUUUGAGCCUCAUCAUGGCAUCAUCGGAAUUUCGUAGUGACCACAGACUUUCAUACAGUUCUCAAGAGGAAUUCCUGACUUAUCUAGAACACUACCAGCUAACUAUUCCAAUAAGGGUUGAUCAAAAUGGAGCUUUUCUCAGCUUUACUGUGAAAAAUGACAAACAUUCCAGGAGAAGACGGAGUAUGGACCCUAUUGAUCCACAGCAGACAGUACCUAAGUUAUUUUUUAAACUUUCAGCCUAUGGCAAGCACUUUCACCUAAACUUGACUCUCAACACAGAUUUUGUAUCCAAACAUUUUACAGUAGAAUACUGGGGGAAAGAUGGACCCAAGUGGAAACAUGAUUUUUUAGACAACUGUCAUUACACAGGAUACUUGCAAGAUCAACGUAGUACAACUAGAGUGGCUUUAAGCAACUGUGUUGGGUUGCAUGGUGUUAUUGCUACAGAAGAUGAAGAGUAUUUUAUUGAACCAUUAAAAAAUACCACGGAGGAUUCUAAACAUUUCAGUUAUGAAAAUGGUCAUCCUCAUGUUAUUUACAAAAAAUCUACCCUUCAGCAGCGGCAUCUGUUUGAUCACUCUCAUUGUGGGGUUUCAGACCUCAUAAGAAGUGACAAAUCUUGGUGGCUGAAUGGCACAUCUUCUUUUCCUCCUUCAUUUCCAAUUAAUGACACACAUAUCUACAACAGACAGAAGAGAUCAGUAAGCAUUGAGCGGUUUGUGGAGACAUUAGUAGUGGCAGACAAAAUGAUGGUGGGCUACCAUGGCCGCAAAGACAUUGAACAUUACAUUUUGAGUGUGAUGAAUAUUGUUGCCAAACUUUACCGUGAUUCCAGUCUUGGAAACGUUGUGAAUAUUAUAGUGGCCCGCUUAAUUGUUCUCACAGAAGACCAGCCAAACUUGGAGAUAAACCACCAUGCAGACAAGUCCCUCGAUAGCUUCUGUAAAUGGCAGAAGUCCAUUCUCUCUCACCAAAGUGAUGGAAACACCAUUCCAGAAAAUGGGAUUGCCCACCACGAUAAUGCGGUUCUUAUUACUAGAUAUGAUAUCUGCACAUAUAAAAAUAAGCCCUGUGGAACACUGGGCUUGGCCUCUGUGGCUGGAAUGUGUGAGCCUGAAAGGAGCUGCAGCAUUAAUGAAGACAUUGGCCUGGGUUCAGCUUUUACCAUUGCACAUGAGAUUGGUCACAAUUUUGGUAUGAAUCAUGAUGGAAUUGGGAAUUCUUGUGGGACGAAAGGUCAUGAAGCAGCAAAGCUUAUGGCAGCUCACAUUACUGCAAACACCAAUCCUUUUUCCUGGUCUGCCUGCAGCCGAGACUAUAUCACCAGCUUUCUAGAUUCAGGCCGUGGUACUUGCCUUGAUAAUGAGCCUCCCAAGCGUGACUUUCUUUAUCCAGCUGUGGCCCCAGGUCAGGUGUAUGAUGCAGAUGAGCAAUGUCGUUUCCAGUAUGGAGCAACAUCCCGCCAAUGUAAAUAUGGGGAAGUGUGUAGAGAGCUCUGGUGUCUCAGCAAAAGCAACCGUUGUGUCACCAACAGUAUCCCUGCAGCUGAGGGAACACUCUGUCAAACUGGGAAUAUUGAAAAGGGGUGGUGCUAUCAGGGAGAUUGUGUUCCUUUUGGCACUUGGCCCCAGAGUAUAGAUGGGGGCUGGGGUCCCUGGUCGCUAUGGGGAGAGUGCAGCAGGACCUGCGGGGGAGGCGUCUCCUCGUCCCUAAGACACUGUGACAGUCCAGCACCUUCGGGAGGUGGAAAAUAUUGCCUUGGAGAAAGAAAACGAUAUCGCUCCUGUAACACAGAUCCAUGUCCUUUGGGAGCCCGAGAUUUUCGAGAGAAACAGUGUGCAGAUUUUGACAAUAUGCCUUUCCGUGGAAAGUAUUAUAACUGGAAACCCUAUACUGGAGGUGGGGUAAAACCUUGUGCAUUGAACUGCUUGGCUGAAGGUUACAAUUUUUAUACUGAACGUGCCCCUGCUGUGAUUGAUGGGACUCAGUGCAAUGCGGAUUCACUGGAUAUCUGUAUCAAUGGAGAAUGCAAGCAUGUAGGUUGUGAUAAUAUUUUGGGAUCCGAUGCUAGGGAAGAUAGAUGUCGAGUCUGUGGAGGGGAUGGAAGCACAUGUGAUGCCAUUGAAGGGUUCUUCAAUGAUUCGUUGCCCAGAGGAGGAUACAUGGAAGUUGUGCAGAUACCAAGAGGUUCCGUUCAUAUUGAAGUCAGAGAAGUUGCCGUGUCAAAGAACUAUAUUGCUUUGAAGUCUGAAGGGGAUGAUUACUAUAUUAAUGGUGCCUGGACUAUUGAUUGGCCCAGGAAGUUUGAUGUUGCUGGGACAGCUUUUCACUACAAGAGACCAACUGAUGAUCCAGAAUCCCUGGAAGCUCUGGGCCCCACCUCAGAAAAUCUCAUUGUCAUGGUUCUGCUUCAGGAACAGAAUCUGGGGAUUAGGUAUAAAUUCAAUGUUCCUAUCACUCGGACUGCCAGUGGAGACAACGAAGUGGGUUUCACAUGGAAUCAUCAGCCUUGGUCAGAAUGCUCCGCGACUUGUGCUGGAGGUAUCCAACGACAGGAGGUGGUCUGCAAAAGGCUGGAUGACAACUCCAUUGUUCAGAACAACUACUGCGACCCCGACGGCAAGCCCCCUGAAAACCAGCGUGCCUGCAAUGGGGAGCCCUGCCCGCCCGAGUGGUUCAUUGGGGAUUGGCUAGAGUGUAGCAAGACCUGUGAUGGUGGAAUGCGCUCUAGGGCAGUGCUCUGCAUCAGGAAGAUCGGACCUUCUGAGGAGGAGACACUGGACUACAGUGGUUGUUUAACCCACCGGCCUAUUGAAAACGAGCUCUGCAACAACCAAUCAUGUCCACCUCAGUGGGUGGCUCUGGACUGGUCAGAAUGCACUCCCAAGUGUGGUCCAGGAUUCAAGCAUCGAAUUGUUCUGUGCAAGAGCAGUGACCUCUCUAAGACAUUCCCAGCUGCUCAGUGUCCAGAGGAGAGCAAACCCCCUGUCCGCAUCCGCUGUAGUCUGGGCCGCUGCCCUCCUCCACGUUGGGUGACUGGAGACUGGGGCCAGUGUUCUGCUCAAUGUGGCCUUGGACAGCAAAUGCGAACUGUGCAAUGUCUCUCGUACACUGGACAGGCAUCUAGUGACUGUCCCGAAGCUGUUCGGCCUCCGUCGAUGCAACAGUGUGAAAGCAAAUGUGACAGUACCCCCAUUUCUAAUACUGAAGAGUGCAAAGAUGUGAACAAAGUGGCUUAUUGCCCACUGGUGCUGAAGUUCAAGUUCUGCAGUCGAGCAUACUUCAGACAGAUGUGUUGUAAGACCUGCCAAGGACACUGACCCAUGGAAAGCCUGAGAGAGCCUUGUCAUUUCAUCAUGGAAACGUGUCCAUCAAAGAGAGCCACCCAGAGGAAGAGGAUUGAUGUCCUUGCAGAUGCAUUACCCUGUGGAAAACGUAACCACUGGUCAGCCCUAGCUGACAGGAUUUCAAUAUUAUUUUAACUUCUGUGAAGUGGGAUUUAUUGAUCCAAAGUGCUGGACACGGUAUUAGGAGGGAAUGCCAGAUUGGAGAGAUCCAAACAACACAGGGAGGCUUGCUUACUGUGGAAUGUUUGUGUUCUUUCGAGUAAAUCCAAUAGCCUGUUUACCUCCUUGGACCAUUAAGAUAAUUUUUAUUAUGGACUUAGCAAUGACACUGAAUCCAUUUGUAUUUAAAACUGUUUAAAAUGUAGCUGUUAUGACUUGGUCAACUAUAGAAGUCAAGAAGAUUCAGAAAUCUUAAGUCAUAGCUUAAAAAUAUUUACUAUACUUUAUCUCACUGCAACAGCACCACAAUUGAAAUUCUCAAAUGGGCUUUGAACUGUAAUUUAAGGAGCAAUUAUAAAUCAAAAGUAAUGAGAGUUUGCAUUAUUUUUCUUCAUUCCACUUAAUUUCCUUAGGAACCCCCACCCCCAGUUCUGAACACUGCUGUGAGCCAUAUAUAAACUAUAUUAAACCAGACAAUGAAGGACUUAGUUUAAAGCAGUGCAUCAGUUACUGCAGCUGUGCAAGUCUAUAAAUUCAGUGCUAAAAGAUGGUGGCCAACUUGCCAUUGUGCAAAUGAAGCUGAGAUUUCCAUUAAAACUUUAAGAGAGAAGCAGUUCAUUUUCAUGCAGAAGCCAGACAUGGGGUUUGGUCAAGAUGGAAGUACCAGCCUCCUAUGGCCAUCACAUAGGAUGCCUCAGUUCUUACUUGAGUCACCCAAUUCAUUGUGUUUACAUCCUCUUCAGCCUUAGAAGGGCUUCUGCUCUGUUGGAUUGUUGCACAUGUGUCCUGUCACACUUACUGAGGUGAUACCAUGCAAGAGAGAGACUGGCUUUGCUUAGUAACAAUCAGGCAGACCCGGUGGCUGACAAUUACAAUGGGUUCCAGAUGUCCCUUCUUGGAUAUGGCAGGAGGGCAUUUAUUUAUAUGAAAACAAGUGUGUGUGUGUGGACCCUUUAGAGUAUGUGGGUAGGUGAAUGUGCGGGCACAGACCUGUGCUAUUUCUAUGAGUUUUAAAGUAGGCAACGGAUAAUAACCAAAGAAAAGAAACUCGCGAAGACUAGAGAUCAUCAAGCAUCAUUUUAGUAGUCACUCCACCAAAUAUUUUGUAUUUUUUAAUGGAUAUUCUGUAUGACAGGUAAAUGUGAAACCCAGUUUCUUAGGCAGGUCAAAUUCAAGGUCCAACCUACCUAAAUUAAAUGGACUGGCUCCAUUUUCCCCUCAUGCACAGGUUUCACACCAAGAGAUUUGAAAGCAAGAUUUAGAAAAAGAAAGAAAAGAAGGUGCUUGUUUAUAUUGACAUUUCAUACUUGAAUAUUUGUCGCUAGCAGCAGGUUCUUGAUGAAUGUGCUGUGUCCAACACUCCUGCUUGGCUCUCCGACGCUCUGUACACUCUGUUCCACCAAUAUCUAAACUCAAACCAAAUGGCCAACUUUAUAAAGAUACUCGCUGCAGUUAAAAAGCAUGUCUGACCUAAACCGACUGCUGAGUUCUGAAACCACAUGUCAGGUAUAUCCCGUGUGUAGCAAGACUACGGUUUUUCAGAAAGGAAGAGAGAUUCGAAGACUUCCAAAACCAACCUGAACUUCCGGUUUGUGGUGGAUAGUCAGUACGGGAUGUGGUUUGGUACACUCAGUCCUGGCCAUCCAUGGCACACAUUUGCUCUCUCUCUCUCUCAACACCUCGGCUCACAUCCCUGAGCUUUCCAGAGAGAGCUAUUGAUGCGGCCCGGAGUUAUUGCCAGGGCCGCUCCUUCCACUGCCCUUGGAAGGCCAGGCCAAGUGCCUUCUCAACUCUCCAGGGAAGGACAACUGAACAGCCUCUACUCUGAAUUCCCAUGGUCCCUUGCAAAGAGCAGUAAACUUGGUGCUAAUGUGCCCUGGUGAAAAAAACAAAAAGUGAGUCAUUUCUGUGCCAUUUCAGGCAUAGGUUUUGCUACCCAGAUCUGCAUUUCUCCAACAUAGAUGCCAACUCAUGUUUUUGGUUCAGAAAGUUUUUGUACAUUUCAUACUCAAAGCUUUUGUUUUCUUAAUUUUUUUAACCUUGUCUGAAAACUAACAUCAAGAAGGCUGGCUGUCCCCCAGGGCACUGUGUAGUACCCCAACUGGUGCUAGUAGAAGGGGAUAGUCAGUACUCCCUCCAGGCUGUGCAAAAGGUGCCUAUGUCAAGAGGCAGCUGCCAGGAUCACCAUCACAUGACUUUCUAGAAGGAACCAAGGCCAGAAUGUAACAGGACUAAACAUCUUCAGAUAGGGCCUGGAUUUAAACCUGAGACAGGAAAGAUCCUAUUCCAUAGCAUAUCACAACACUGCAUGGCUAUAGGAUACUCUGUCCCAAAUAACAAUAGAUGGUCAGGGGAGGCAGGCUCUCAAAAAUUAGUGAGCUAUGCAGACUACUUACAGAACCCUAGAAAAAACUAGUGUCCCAUGGCUGAGAGCAGUAUCUGCCACUGAUGCAAAGACUACCAAGAAAAGGAAAGAUAAAUAUGAUUAAAUCCAACUGAUUAACCCCCUAAAGAAGCAUAGACUCCCCAAACAGUCCAUUUCAUUAGGAAUUUUUUUGAGUGAAUGUCACAUAGAUAUCCUUAAUAAUACAGAAUGAAUUUACCUUUGUAUUAUUGUAAUUAGUUGUUGCUUAUUAUUUUAUACUCAGUAUUAAUGUGAUACACUGUUGCUUUAUUUUUGCUUUUGUAAAUUAUAUCCUAAUUUAUUGCCAUGUUUCCUAACACCUGUCCUACAUUCAUUCUCCUGCUUGUAAUGAAAAUGUCAUUGUAACACUUGAUGGAGUGAAAUUCCACACCAGGCACAGAUUGUUUUUUAAACAUAGAUAAUUUAGUAAAAAUAAAAACUCAGCUUGUAA